AAACCCCGUUAAAAAAAAGGAGCGAGAGAGGGAGGGGAGUUGUUGUUGGUGGCGAGGGGUUAGCGAAGUAUCUUUGGGUUAAUUACAGCAACACGCGCACAGCAAGGAAUUUAAACGGAAAAAGAGAAGUGAACUGCAGAAAAAGUGAAUGAGAACGUAAAUAAACUUGGGUAAAACGAAGAAACGGCCACAAGGAAUUAAGUGGACUUCGAGUUCUUUCAAUGCUUGUAUUUAGAAGCAAAGGUGGUUGAACACCAUGUCCUACCCCAGUAACCUGCUGUGGGAUGUGAGGAAGCGCGCAGUGGGGCUGGAUGAUCCUAAAACCAUCAGGAUUAACUAUUUAGGAAGAAGUGAAUUUGUCCAAAGACUAAAACUUGAGACAACACUGAAUGUCCACGAUGGCUGCGUAAAUUCUAUUUGGUGGAAUGAUACUGGUGAAUAUAUUUUAUCAGGAUCAGAUGACACUAAUUUAGUAAUAACCAACCCAUAUAAAAGAAAGGUGAAGACAACCAUCCGCUCAGGUCACAGAGCUAAUAUUUUUAGUGCAAAGUUCUUGCCUCAUACCAAUGAUCAACAGAUUGUUUCUUGCUCAGGUGAUGGAAUCAUAUUUUAUACAAAUAUUGAGAAAAGCCCUGAAAUUAACAGAGAAUGCCAGUUUACUUGCCAUUAUGGAACAGCAUAUGAAAUCAUUACAGUGCCCAAUGACCCUUAUACUUUUUUAUCUUGUGGAGAGGAUGGCACUGUGCGUUGGUUUGAUGUUAGAAUGAAAACAAGUUGCACUAAAGAGGAGUGUAAAGAUGAUAUUCUUAUUAACUGCCGGAGAGCUGCUACCUCGAUCUCUAUUAGUCCUUUGGUUCCUUAUUACCUGGCUGUUGGCUGCUCUGAUAGCUCUAUUAGAAUCUACGACAGAAGAAUGUUAGGAACACGAGCCACAGGCAAUUAUAUGGGCAGAGGAAUGACAGGGAUGUGUGUACGAUUUGUCCCUACUCAUCUUGCGAACAAGUCCUGCAGAGUGACUUCUUUGUGCUACAGUAUGGAUGGCCAGGAGAUUCUUGUCAGUUACUCUUCAGAUUACAUUUACCUUUUUGAUCCCAAAGAUGAUAAAGCAAGGGAGCUGAAAUGUCCUUCUGAGGAUAAGAGAGAGGAGCUGCGUCAGCCUCCUGUAAAGCGCCUCAGACUUCGAGGUGAUUGGUCAGACACAGGACCGAGAGCACGUCCAGAAAGUGAACGGGAAAGAGAUGGUAGGAUUGGAGAACAAAGUCCCAAUGUUUCAUUGAUGCAAAGAAUGUCAGAUAUGUUGUCACGGUGGUUUGAGGAGGCAAGAGAAGAUGUUCAGAACACUAGAGGACGAUCACAGCCUCGUCCACGAGUUUCUGCAGCUAGACAAGAAAACAAUGUUCCCAGUCAAGAGCCACCUGCACCUGAAACAUCCACACCUAGAGAAGGGCAGAUGGAGGUGGAAAAUCAGCCUAAGCAGCUUCUCCAAACAUCAUCUUCUCCUUUUGGUCCUUCACUUGCUUCAGCUGAAAACACUUGCCCAUCAACAGAGAGCCCUGCUGUUAGCUCCUCUUUGAUUUCUUCUCCUGAAGGAGAACAGAGAGCCCAGGCAUCAACAGGUUCCUCUCAAGAGUCUGGACAGUCAGGUAGUGCUGAAUGUGGCAUGCCCCGUGUCAACGCUGGAGAGCCAGUAUUUUGUUUGCACUAUAGUACGAAAGGAACAACCACAAGCACUAUAAAACUGGACUUCACAGAUAAAUGGAAGAAUUCAUCUACCAACUCAAGAGGAAGUGGAAGCCAAAGUAAACCAAAUAAACCACAAGAAUCCCAAGUCCCUCAAGCAGAAGAAGAACCUCAAGUUGAAUGUAUGGAAUCUGAUGUGGAGGCAUCUGGGCCUAGUACUGCAGAAGGCAAUCAUGAUGAAAAAAGUGAACAACAAGUAGAAUCUGCCAAGCAAGACGAUCAAGAUGCAAAGCCCACUACUUCCUCAUCUUCAGAACUGCCCUUACAGGAAGAAAGUCCUUCACAGGAGCAGACUGAGACUAAUCCUAGUUCAUCCUGCCAGCGAACAGCUCCCACAGAUGAGAGCAGUAAUGAAAACACCUCAAGAAGCAACCAAGACUCGGAUGAUAGUGAUGAUGACCCGAUUUUAAUACCUACAGCAAGAUAUCGUGCUGGGCAGGGACAGAGAUUUAAUUUCAGAGGUUCAGCAGUAGGUGAUAGAAUGAUAAGACGAUCAGCCGCAGCACGAAUUCAAGAGCUUUUCAGACGGAGAAAAGAGAGGAGAGAGAUGGAAGAAAGUGAGACACAAAACAUAAGGAGGCCGUCUGUGAAGAUGGUGUACAAAGGACAUCGCAACUCUAGAACAAUGAUUAAAGAAUCCAGUUUUUGGGGUAAUAACUUUGUUAUGAGUGGGUCAGACUGUGGACACAUAUUUAUUUGGGAUCGGCACACAGCAGAGCAUGUAAUGCUGCUUGAAGCAGACAAUCAUGUUGUGAACUGCCUCCAGCCACACCCCUUUGAUCCCAUUCUUGCCUCCUCUGGAAUAGACUAUGACAUUAAAAUAUGGUCUCCUCUUGAAGAAUCUCCUUCUUUCAACCGAAGACUUGCUGAGGAGGUAAUAACCCGUAAUGAACUCAUGCUGGAAGAAACUAGAAAUACUAUUACAGUUCCCGCAUCCUUUAUGCUGCGAAUGCUAGCUUCCUUAAAUCAUAUCAGGGCAGAUCGUUUGGAAGGGGAGCGUUCUGAAGGUUCUGGACAAGACAAUGACAAUGAGGACGAAUAGUGACUACUGAUGUGCUAGCGAGUGUUUGAACAUUUAUUACAUUUUUAUCAGUACAGUGUAGAAAAAUUUUCCUUACAAAACAGUUCUAUAAUUUUUAGUUAAAAUGUUUUUUGCAAGCAACAGGAGGAAGGACAAAACUUUAUUACUAAUAUUUCCUUUGGGUUGAAAUGUGCAUUUCAAUAAAGGUGUGCAAAUGCAAACAGUCACCAUGAUUAAGCUAUAAAAGAUUAAAAAAAUAAUGUCUUGUGAAUGAUGAGUGCUUGAGGAUUAAAAGUGCAAUAUUAUUUUUCAAGUGCAAAUGUGUUUGAGCUUGGAUCAGUGUUAGAAUUUUAAUAACUGUAGUUAAAAGGUUAGAAAUGACUUUGUAUACUUGCUGAAGUGCAUGUUAAUAAAUAAAUAUAUCUGCC